GAGAUCUAUUUGUCUUAUUGACAUGGUCUGAAAGAGUCAAAAUCUGCACUGAAAGCAUCUCCUGCACUGCUCUUCAGUGCUACAACAUGGACUCAGGCAAAGCUCCUCUCUUGCUCUGCUUUCUCCUUUAUACAGCAGGUGUUUUUACAGGGCUGACUGAGAGUGCAGAUGUUCUGGAUGCAUACACUAAAACAGAUGGUGCUUGGAUACUCACUUUGAUAAAAAAUCAUUACAUUGUAAGAUCAGUGCAAGAGUGUGCAGUUAAAUGCAAUACAGAGACAUCAUUUACAUGCAGGUCUUUUAUGUACAUUGAAAAAGAUCAAGACUGCAUAACAAUACCAGCCAACUCUAAGAUAGAGCCCAUCCUCCGUAGAAGAUCUAUAACUCUAUACGAGAAGAUAGUGUAUUUGCUGGAGUGUGUAAUUGGCAUUGGCACUGACUACAGAGGGACAAAAUCCAAGACGAAAUCAGGGACACUUUGUCAAAGAUGGGAGAGUACAUUCCCCCAUAAGCCAAACAUCACCCCCAGGUCGCAUCCAAAAGCAGACCUGGAGUCAAAUUUCUGUCGAAAUCCAGAUGGAGACAAGGGAGGCCCCUGGUGCUAUACCACCGACCCGGCCAAGAGAUGGGAAAACUGUGACAUCCAAGACUGCACAGAGGAAUGCAUGCACUGCAGUGGAGAGAACUACAGAGGCAAGAUCUCCACCACUGAGAGUGGACUUACUUGCCAACGCUGGGACUCCCAGAAGCCCCAUAACCAUGGAUACAUGCCUUCAGUGUUUCCUGAGAAGUAUCUGGAGGAAAACUACUGCAGGAACCCUGAUGGGGAGCCUAAGCCCUGGUGUUUCACUGAGAGCCCCGCCAAACGCUGGGAGUUCUGCUCUGUUUCUCGCUGCACAUCUCCGCCACCAACGAUUUUACCUCAGCUGAAUUGUACAACUGGAGAUGGGAACACGUAUAGAGGAACAGUUUCUGUCACAGAAUCUGGAAAAACCUGCCAGUCCUGGGCAUCUCAGCUCCCUCACAAACACUCAAGAACACCAGACAAUUACCCAUGCAAAGGUCUUGAUCAGAACUAUUGCAGAAACCCUGACCACGAGAGAAAGCCCUGGUGUUACACAACUGAUCCAGAGACCCGCUGGGAGUACUGCAACGUGGAGAGCUGUGGUAACGAGCCACGCCCUGAUGAACCAGUUAUCGCUCCAAACGAGGACUGUUAUGAAGAUAACGGGAGCUCAUACCGUGGAGUAAUGACAGAGACCAUCAGUGGAAAGAAAUGUCAGGCCUGGGCAUCAAUGGAACCUCAUUCACAUGUGAAGACACCUCAGAAUUUCCCUACUGCAGACUUGAGAAGAAACCUGUGCAGGAAUCCUGAUGGGGACAGGGCUCCUUGGUGCUACACCACUGAUCCCUCAGUGCGCUGGGAAUACUGUAGAAUAGAGCGCUGUGGCAGCACAACCGUAUCAUUGACACCUCCACCUGCCCUCAAACCCGUAGUUCCCCCAACACUCCUCACUCAGUCUGUACCCUCAGAGUUUGCAGAUUGUAAGACAGGCAGUGGCAUUAGCUACCGUGGUUCAGUAUCCAAGACUGUUGCAGGAGUGACCUGUCAAGCUUGGUCCGCCAGCACCCCCCACCUUUCCAGUUUUACUCCUCAGGCACACCCAGACAAGGGACUGGAUUCUAAUAAAUGCAGAAAUCCUGAUGGUGAUGUAAAUGGACCUUGGUGUUAUACUACAGAUCCUAAUAAGAAAUGGGACUACUGCCAGAUUCCAGAAUGUGCUUUGGAUACAGAAUAUCUGAAGUGCGGGCAGCCAGCAAUAAAACCAAGGCGCUGCUUUGGGCGAAUCGUCGGUGGCUGUGUCUCUAAGCCUCACUCCUGGCCUUGGCAAAUCAGCCUUAGAAACAGGGUUGGUGUUCACUUCUGUGGUGGAACUUUAAUUGAUGCUCAGUGGGUCCUCACCGCAGCGCACUGCCUUGAGGCUUCUAGGAGACCGUCUUUCUACAAAGUGUACAUGGGAAUACACACAGAAGCAGCGACGGAAUCCUCCAAACAAAUACGAGAUGUGGAAAAGAUUGUACUGGAACCAACUGGAAAGGAUAUUGCACUUCUUAAGCUAGACCGUCCUGUAGUUUUAAAUGAAAAGGUUUCGACUGCAUGCCUACCAGACAAAGACUACAUUGUACCAACUGGAACUGAAUGCUAUGUUACAGGAUGGGGGGAUACAAAAGGAACGGGGGGUGAAGGUGUUUUGAAGGAGACUGGUUUUCCCGUCAUUGAAAACAAAGUGUGCAACCGUCCAGCCUACCUGAACAACCGGGUGAAGGACCAUGAAAUGUGUGCAGGAAACAUUGAAGGAGGAUCUGACAGCUGUCAGGGUGACAGUGGCGGUCCUCUUGUGUGUUUCUCACAGAAGACCUUUAUUCUUCAGGGAGUGACUUCAUGGGGACUUGGCUGUGCCAAUGCCAUGAAGCCUGGUGUGUAUGCCCGUGUCUCCAAGUUUAUUGACUGGAUUGAAAAGGAGACUAAAGGGUAAAGGCCACUGAGUUAAUUAAACGUGUACUCCAUGUCAGUGUUUUUACAUGGGAAUCAGGAGAUCCUGUUGAUGUUCACCAAUUGAUGUUUGUGAUUUUUUUUCCCUCCUUAUUUUUUUUUUGUUUAAGUCUCAUUAUAAAGACUCCACUUCAUGUCUACUGAAUUUCCCCACACGAAGAAACAAUUAAACUCGAUACAUUUAGCCUCUAAA